CAACAAAUCAGCAGAAAGAUGCCUCCCACUCACAAACCCCAUCCAAAACCAUAUCAAGAUAAAUUGGAGUGACGCAGCGGAAGGGACGAGACGAGAAGGCCGUCCGGAAUGGGCGGAGGCAGCGUGCUCCGUUCCACGGGCCGCGCCGUCGGGGUGGGCGCCGCAAAGGACGUGCUCUCGGCCACGGCCGGCGCCGCAAGCCACGCAAAGCCCGGGCGCAUCCUCCCCAUCUCCUCCGCCUCCUCCUCCUCCUCUCCUCCUCCCUCCGUCGCCGCCUCCUCGUCGGCGGCGAGCUGGCACUCUCACCCUCGGGAGCUGGCCUUCUCUGGGGACUUUCUCUUCGGGCCGGCUCCAUCCAGGGAGGAGGCCGAGGCGGCCGUCUCUGCUCUCAAUCAGUUAUUUGUUCAAGCUACACAUUGCCAUACUUUUGGAGAUGGAAUUUGUUCUUGCCUGGAGGAUGCUGUUGAUGAAAUGCCUAUGGCAUCUGAUAUAAUGCAGAAAGAUUGUUCAGCUGAACCAGAAUUAGAGAGGAUUGAGCAAGCGCCACAUCUUCAUAUGGAGCAUGCACUGCAGUUUAAUAGCAUAGAAGCUUUUAAAUCUCAAGGAAGAGAAAAAAUUAUCAAUGCAAUUAACCUAUUGCAUUCAAAUCCAUCUGUUCAGAGGAUGGUUGUUUCUUUGUCAUCUGAUAAAGCUGUGUGGGAUGCAGUUGUGAGAAAUAGGGCUGUACAAGAACUCAAGAAAUCAUUCUCAGCAGAGCUGUCAGAGAGCUUUCAAAGACUCAAUUUUUCUUCAACACUGUUGCUACGUUGCAUGAUAGAGUUGGAAGCACUGAACAGCAGAGCUCUAGUGGAGGACCUGAUAUUACUACCAGAAUUCUCAGGUGGAUCUUGGAGAAUACCAUGACCAAGAUAAUGGAAUUCAUUGACAAGAUCACAAAGCUGGUGAAUGAGCUCUUUCACCCAGGAGAAAGAGAAAAGGAUAUGGAAGUUUUUGACGAUUUGCUCAGAUCCUCGUUUAUGCUAUCUGUCAUGGUCCUAAUUGUUGUUGUCGUGACGCGAAUCCAGAGAGCCUGAUUAUCCAUUGAGAUGAUGCUUGAACUCUGUACAUAUGUUUAUAAGAAUGUAUCAGAAGCCUCUCUGUGUGUGAAUUACUUUUGUAGCCUUCAAAACAACCAGUGUUCUUGUUCAAGCCCGAAAUUUAAAAAAAAAAAAAUACGUAUUUUGUUGAGGGUGUCAA